AUGAAAAUGGAGAAGCAAGGCUCUUGUGCACAAGAAGAGGCAACAGGCAGAACUGGAGAAGCCCCUUGGACUCUCCAAGAUGUGGUGGGCUGCAGUCCCAGGAUGGACUUGGCAGAAGACAGAAAACCCACGGAAGAGAGACAGUCUGGAAGUAUUGGGGAAUCUUCCAGAAAGGCAACUCUACUGCAAGUGAAGGAAGAACCAGAAGAAGGUAUGGCCCAUCACUGGGAAGCCCAGUGGCAGGGCUUUCUGAAGACGGUGGAGCCCCCUCCCUCAUUCCCUCAGAGGCCAGGGAACCCCUCGCCGUGGAGUGAUGCAAAGGCCUUUCUGGCCUCCUUUGAGCAAGUUGCUGAAGCCUGCCACUGGCCCACGGACGAAUGGGUAGCUCGACUCCUGCCGGCUCUCAGCGGAGAAGCCGAGGUGGCCUUUAGCAAGUUGGAGGUGAGGGACAGAGAGGAUUAUGGGAAAGUGAAGGCAGCCAUUUUGCGGGGAGACGCCAUCAGCAGGGAAAGAAAUCGCCAGCACUUCCGGCGUUUCUGCUACCGGGAGGCCGAGGGACCGAGAGCAGUUUACAGCCAGCUGCAGGCACUUUGCUGUCGGUGGCUGAAAGUCGAGAGGCACACCAAGGAGCAGAUUCUGGAGCUGCUGAUCUUGGAGCAGUUCCUGGCCGUCCUCCCCUCGGAGAUCCAGAGCUGGGUGAGGGAAUGUGGCCCAGAGACCUGUUCCCAGGCCGUUGCCCUGGCGGAGGAUUUCCUACUGGGACAGCAAGCAACCGAGAGAGACAAAAACCAGGUGGCAUUGGAGAAGGCGGCUGUGCAUUUCUCCGAGGAAGCCCACCCGCCGUCGGACCUCGAGCCGCAGCAGGUGCACCCAGGAGCCAAACAAGAAGGUGAUGGGGAGUCCAGCUUGUUGGGCAAAGGGUGGACGACCGCACAUGAGAGGGAACAGUAUGGACUGGAAGAUCCAGAGCCUGUGGGACCGUGUCAGAUGUCACUGUGGAAAGCAGAAGAAACCGUGGCUCGCUGUCAUGAGCAGGAAAAUGUCUCGGUGGGCCAGGAGAGGCUAGAAGGUCCUCAGGGAGCCCAGCUGUGCCACGAAACGCAGCCGUCUGAUCCGUAUGGGGGAGAUUACGAAACUCUCGUUAUAACCACAGUCCAGUCAGGAAUAGAUGCUGCUGGUAAGAAACGAAAGGCCUGCAAAGCCUAUGGGAAGAGUUCCAGCCAGAACCCCGGCGUCCUGCACAGCCACCGUGCUGGCGGCAAAGCACACAAGUGCUUCGUCUGUGGGAAAUGCUUUCUUUCGAGCUCCAAGCUCAUCAUUCACCAGAGGACUCACACCGGAGAGAAGCCGUACGAAUGCUCGGACUGUGGGAAAACAUUCCGGUCCAGCUCGGUGCUGUACCGUCACCAGAGAAUCCACACUGGAGAGAAGCCGCACGGAUGCCCUGUCUGCGGGAGGAGAUUCAGUAGCAAUUCAAAUCUGAAUCGGCAUCAGAGAAUCCACACAGGGGAGAAGCCGUUUGAAUGCUCGGACUGUGGCAAAAGCUUCAUUCAGAGAGCGAACCUGAAUAAACAUCAUAAAAUCCACACUGUGGAUGGCGGAAGUGGGGAAAGUUUCAGUAUGAGCUGAAGACGUCAGCACAGGCUGAAGAUGGUUUGAAGGAACGGAUUACGCAGAAACGCAUUUCAAACGAAAAGGAGGGACAAAGUAAUUUCAGCAGCCAGUCAACCCCCCCAGGCCUUUCUUGGACUGCUGCCUGAUCCGGGGGGCUUUGAAUUUGUAGGCGACUUAGUAAGAGUUCUGCAGUUCCCAUUCAUUACAUAUGGAAGUUUAUUAUUUGGGGA